CGUUUAUUUAUGUACAGUGAUGCGCGGUGCGCUGCGAGUUCCUACGCUCGACGCCGCCGCGUCUUUGCGCCCUAAUGUGCGGAUCUCCUCAGCAGCUCAUGUCUCUGGGACCCCAAAAACGCGCGUACGCGCAGCGCAGACGCCUUCUACGCGUUCGCUGAGGAAAAUAAGCAAUUGUUCACAGCUUUUGCUCGCCCGCGCUCGUUGACACCAGCUAGCGCCUGAGAAUAAAUGAAGUCUUUCAGAGUUGGAUUCGCACAAGUUGAAACUAAUUCGUUUAAUUCAGAGCAGCCGUGUACUGCUCCGCUGCGAAUCGUCCGGACCCCUGCUGCUCCCCUCGCUUUAGCUGAGCGCGCGGAGGCUCGAGGCGCCGCCGCAGUGCAGCUUUUUGGGACACCAAAGCACGCGAAAUCAAUGGCCUCGGAUGCGGCGUGCGCUGUAGUUCUUGUAUACGAGUCAGUAAUUACCCACUGCAGCUGACUGAUCACACCAAAACCAUGCGUCUGCCCUCCACACCACUGCCAGCAGUGCGGCACAGUGCGCUAGGCGACCGCGAACGCGACAUCAGCAUUCCAAAGGAUGUCGUAGCAAUAGCAUGCACAGCCCUGCUCCUCGCAAUAGUAGAAUCCUUCUGCGAAUGCUUCGCCCAAACGCACGCGAGCCAGGCCACGCGGUUUUUAAGACGAGCGACGCGGACGUGUGCAGCAGCGUGGUACCUGACAACAUCAUUACCUUGCAAGCUGCUCGCGAAGGCGGCGUGUGCGCUGCGAGCCGCAUCCGCCUGUCUACGGAUAACCGCCCCGGCGACUCAUAGAGAAAUGGCGGGCACCAAUAAAAUCAUACCCAUCCUCGCGAGCUACCUAGUGAAGCGCCGCCGCUGCCGGUCCAUGACCGACGACGCGGCACGUCAUGAAGCCUGGGACGCGCAGCACGCCUGGGGCGCGGAGCGCGCGCGCCGCAUGAUUAGGGACCUAGGAGGCUUCUACACCAAGGUCGGCCAGGUCGCCGCGGCGGGGUCGCAGAUGAUGCCGCCGGCGUGGUGCGCGGCGCUGGCGGAGACCAUGGACGCGGCGCCGCCCGUUCAUCCUAGAGUUGUGAGGAGGAUCGUCGAGCGCGAUCUUGGCGUGAGGAUCGCGGACGCCUUCGAUGAAUGGGACGACGAACCGGUGGCGACGGCGUCGGUCGCGCAAGUUCAUAGGGCUUCAGUGGAUGGGACUCCGGUGGCGGUCAAGGUCGGGCUCGGCCGACGACGGCAAUUUAGUAAAGACGUCGACGCGAUGUACCGCCAGGCUGUAUUACUGAAAGCCCUCAAGAUGGACGCCGGGCUAGAUUUGCCGUCGGUCGUCGCCGCCUACCGCGAGCUCGUGAAGGAUGAGUUCGAUUUUAGGAUAGAGCUCUCGAAGCUGGACAGGUUCUCGCAACUCAUUCAAAAAGAUUUCCGCAAUUUUAUCACGACGCCGGCGCCGGUCCGCCAUUUGUGUAGUGAGAGGGUCCUCACGUGCGAAUGGCUCGCGGGCCCGCAGUUAUUAGAUGUGUUUCGCGAGUCGACGGCCGCGCUGCCGCGCCCCCAAGCGAAAAGAUUCGGCUCCUGGCGCCGCCUCUACGCUACUUUACAUAAGUGCUGGGGCGCGCAGAUUUUUCGCCAAGGCGAGUUCCACACGGACCCGCACCCGGGCAACGUCGUACUUUUGGAGGACGGCCGCGUCGGCCUGCUCGACUGGGGCCAGACGAAGGUCCUCCCCCCAGACAAGGUCGAUUCUUGUGCGGAGUGCGUCGUCUGCAUGGCGCGCGGCGACGCCGAGGGGCUCGCGCGGACCAUCGAGGCCUCGGGCAUCGCCGAGCUCGAGAAUCCUUCCGUGGCGCUCUGGGCGUUGAUCUCGUACACGUAUUUUGAUACGCGGUGGACGCCGCUCGCCGGCGUCAACUUAUAUGAUGUGGACCGCUCGUUACUCGCGAGGGACGGCUUCCGGCGGAACAGCCCGGUCGAAGCCUGCGUAGAAAUGAACGUCGCGUCGAUGGCGUGGGGCGCUGAAGUUUGAUGUCCACGCAGGAGGCCUUUCCCCUCAUCCGCAUCGCAUUUCUAUUUAGAGGCGCGCAGGCGCGGUGCGGCGUCUUCGACUUAUCCUUGGUCGACGCCUGGCUGCCCGACGCGUUGCGGCGCCUCGGGCGGCCGGUGCGGUUCUCUCACUUAGUAUCGCGGUGCCGCGCGGCGACGCGGUGGUACGUGCACGCGCUCGCUAAAAAACUCCCGCCGCGGCUCGUCCGGGUCUUCGGGGGCCGGACGGCGUCGAAGCUGUGGCUCGCGCAGCGGGCUUGAUAUUAUUGUUGUCUAAGUUACUGGUCUGUGAAU